AUGAGGUUUCACAGAUACUUCAGACAGUUCGAUUGGAGGUUCAGGUUAGGUACUUUUUUGGCUCUAUGUCUUCCGUUCUUUAUCUUGUCUCUCGUAAGAAGACCUUUCUUUAUAAGCGCAGGUUUACUGGAGACGGCUUUCACUUGGGGUGCAUUAACUGCGUCAAAAGCUUUUUUAAAGAGUCCUUUCGGAAAGAAAGCAGGAGGGGCCCACUUGAUGGUUUUUUUGGGCUGUGUUCUCUUUAGGGUGAAUUUUCUGGGGAUAGUUCCUUUUUUGAAGGGUGCGAGAACCAGGCCUAGGUUUGUUUUUUUCUAUGCUCUGUUCUUUUGGAGACUGGGGACGUUGGGGAGAUUUAUUGGGGAGGUGGGUUUUAUUCGAGGAGUUUGGGUCAAAGGAUCUCCCUUUUCUCUUAACUUGGUGGUGGUAGCGUCUGAGAUUUUAAGCUGGUUAAUCCGCCCCGUGGUUCUCGGGUUUCGGCUCCUGGUAAAUGUGGUUUGUGGACAUGUUAUGUUGGCUAUUAUCGGGGAGGCGUCUAUGUUUUUGGUCUGAGAAGGUCAUUGGUUUUUCGUGCUGGUCAGAAUCCUAGGGGGUUGGUUGAUCGGUUUACUGGAGUGGUUAAUCAUGGUGGUUCAGACGGCUAUUUUUAUGGGCCUAGUCGGGUGGUCUUGGAGGAGAAGGCCUAAAGCCCCUCGUUCUUCUGCUUAUUGGUUUUUUGGUUUCCUUCACUUAUUUUAA